UUUUCUCAAGGCAUUGCCUCUUAAUAGAAUUCCUCAGAGAGAAAAGAGAGAGAUGGAGCUAAAUGGACAAGGUUUCUUAGAGGAGUUACUAGCAAUAAGGAGAGAGAGUUGGGAGACCUUUCCAACACAAAUGAGUUGGCCUUUCUCUGGUGGCUGGACCUUUGAUUGCCUUGAUGAAAACCAUGCUACCAUGCUUCCAAAUUCUUUCUCCCAGGAAUUCUACAUGCCUUGUGAACAAGACUUGAGCUACUCCUUCAAUGAAUCCUUCUGUCCAUUUGGUGAUGAGUUCUCGAUGCCUCAAGUGACAGAUUCAUCGAAUAACAGGCCUGGUACACCACCAUUUCCUGUUCAAGAAGAGUAUAUGGUGAACAUGGUGGAUGAUGAAGAACCAGGUCUACUUGCAGAUGAACUUCACAAGUUGGGGGUGCAAGCUGCCUGCAAAAUGGAGCAGAGCCAAUCACCUGAAGCCCAAGUUUUCAACAUUGGGACCUCUAUAGACCGAAAGAAUCGAGGUAAGAAGUUGGAGGGGCAGCCAUCAAAGAAUUUGAUGGCAGAGAGAAGGAGAAGAAAGCGGCUGAAUGACCGUCUUUCUAUGUUAAGAUCAAUUGUUCCUAAGAUAAGCAAGAUGGACAGAACUUCCAUACUUGGAGAUACCAUAGACUAUAUGAAAGAGCUCCUGGAGAGGAUCAGGACUCUGCAACAAGAAAUUGAAACAGGUUCAAAUCAGUUGAACAUGGUACACAAUUUAAGGGAUGUCAAACCCAAUGAAAUCUCAGUAAGAAAUACGCCAAAGUUUGAGGUGGAAAGAAGAAAUAUGGAUACCAGGAUUGAGAUAUGCUGCUCAGGGAAACCAGGGUUGUUGUUAUCAACUGUUACAACUUUGGAGGCAUUAGGCCUAGAGAUUCAACAAUGUGUUAUAAGCUGCUUUAAUGAUUUUUCAAUGCAAGCUUCUUGCUCAGAGGAUGUGGAGCAGAGACCAUUAGUAAGUUCUCAGGACAUAAAGCAGGCACUAUUUAGAACUGCAGGUUAUGGAGGAAGAUGCCUGUAGAAGAAAAAGAAAAGCUAUGUUACUCAAACUCAAGAUCACUUUACAUUUGCUUUGAGUUUUCCUUUCUUUUGAAGGAUUCAAGUGUCAUACCCGUAAUAUAGGUACAUUAGAGUAGAAGGAAGAGUCUGAGUAACAAAGAUGGAAAGUAUUAGACAAAGAGCAGCUGCUGGUGAUUUUUUAGGAUUCUCCACAUCUCUGUAAUUCAAUGAGCUUGAGAAGUGUGAGGAUUUAGUGAUUUUGCCUUCCUAAGUAAGGGAUGUUUUACUCAUGAGAGAUCUGCAAAUGUGUAAUAACUGCUCUGGUUUUAGCUGUUUUUUUAUGCAAAAUUCUUUGUUGGCAUUUUGCUUUAGCUAUUCUUUGUAAGUACCCGGUAAUAUCAUUAUU